AGCUUCGUUACUCGCCGUACAGUAAGUUAGGAGCCUGGCUGCCUAGUUACAUAUCAGAAUUUUCGAAUCUAUUUGCUCACCGCUUAAUUGUAUUUUUUUCCCAUACAUCUAAGACACAAAUUUAAAGAUAAAAGCGGAUCUCUGUAGUAUUAGUACCUGUAAAAUAGUACGCUUAGUUUCGUCGUAGCUAUAGUGGAGUUUUGUGCAUUUUAGACUGCUUUAUUAAUAAUUUUCUAUCUAAUAAGAACUUGCUCGACUUUUGGCGUGAUGUGGAUACCUUUUUUCACCAAAUCUGCAACAAAAAAUUAAACUUUUUCCAUUGUUUACAAGAAUGUCGGCACAUCUGUAAAUUUAUUUAAUUUGUUUUGAUUCCCACAAGAGAAAAGUCCAACUUCUUCUCCUCUAACGGCAGAAAUUUAAACUUUAGGUGCAGAUAUGGUGAAAAAAAAAGUCGUUUUAUUUGUACCGUAAUUUAUUUAAACUUUGGUAAUUCUUAAGGCUGGGCUGUUCCUAACCAAGUUAUGAAUUUUACAUUUCUUUAAAUUAUUAACCCAUUGUGAUUACAGCAAUUUUCAUAGCUUCCGAAAAAAUGGGUAAGACAGAGACUUUUUCGGAAGAUUUUCGUCAUUUGAGUUAUAUAGUUAUUCAAGAUGUAAUUAGGAAAGUAAAAUUGUAAAAUUCAGUUAAUACUGCCCACCUUUAACAUCUGUUUAAUAUCAAUUGUGCUAAAAAAUUAUCUCAUUUGUGUAACUUAAUCAGAAUUCUACAUCCUCUGUGAUCAUACCUACGGCCCUGAAUUUAAAUUCCAAUACAAAUAAAAUAGACAUGCGCACUUGAAUGCAACAAAUACUUAACGCCACACGGCAAGGCACAGACUUUUUUAUUUUUACGUAUGUAUAUAUAUAUGUAUGUAUGUAUGUAUAUAUGCUUGAUCAGCUUGAUCUUCAUCCUUAAUCACGUGAUCUUCCAUUUAUUACAUACAUAUUUAUAUAUUGCAUUUAAAUAUUUUAUUAAAAUGUUCAAUAUAAAAAAAGUAAUCUACAAUUAAUAACAAAUCAGUUGUACAAAAGUGAUAGGUUAUUUGAUAAUGUAUAGAAUUUUAAAUAAUUAUUAUAAUAAAUGUUAUAUAUAAAAUAUUGUUAUUAAUACUUAUUGUUAAUCUGAAAAAUAUAAAACAAUAAUGGCAACCUCGGACAGUGAUGACUUUGAAAGCGCAGAUGAAGAAAUAGAAUUUCGUGAUGCAUUGCCUAAAAAAUCAUCACCACGUUGGGCACCUAAUUCAACUAUUGGUUCUGACUCUGAUGAUGAUGUUUGUGCCACAUCAGUUAAACAAAACUCAUGGAGUUCUAAAAUAAACAAUAAAAAAUAUGACGAUUCAACAGCUGCUAGUGACACGUCAACCAUUUACAAUUUUACAUCCAAUAAUCUUGCUCAAGAAUCAAAACAACAAACUGAUUCAGAUAAAUUGCAAUCAAAGUCUUUGACAGAAGACAAGCAGCCGGUGUGCAAACCAGAAAUGAAUACACAACAAAAAGAAUCAAUUUCGAUUGAUAAAAAAAGUUUUACUAAAAAUGUUGAAACUAAAAAAGUAAUCGAAGAAUUAAAUGAGACUGUCACAAAUAAAUGUGAUAAUAAUACAAAUUUAUUAUUAGAAAAAAAAAAAAAAAUAGCUUUAGCCCAAGUUGAGACACUAGAUGAUUCAAAUAAAAGAGAAGGAGUACAGACACAACAAAAAUCAAAGGGAUCAUCAAAAGUUUCAAGUUCUGGUGUUAAAAAAUUGGGAUCUAAAAUAGUAUUACCUAAAAUUAAACAAACAAUUGAAGAAAUAAAAUCGUUUGAAGUAAAAAAUAAAACUUGUGAAGGAGAAAAAAAAGUUUAUUUGAAUAAAGAAUGUUUGGAAUUAGAUGAUGAUGGAGCAAUUGAAAUAUUAGAACGUGAAAGUUAUUGGCAUAAAUCAAUUGGUAAAUCUUCAUCUAUUGAUGAAUUUGACAAAGAUCAAAUACCAGAGGAAUUAAAGUCUAAUAAAAAAUUUAAAGAAGUAUUUGGCACUGGUGAUUGGGAAGAUUUAAGUAAUCAAAAUAAAAUUAUAACUGAAUUUGAUACUGAUAAUUCACAGGCAGUUGCAAACAAGCUAGCAACAAGUAAAGAGAAAAUAAAUUUAAGUGAUGUAGGUUGGGGAAGUUGGAGUAGUUGGGGUGUUACUUCUUUAUUAAAUACAGCUAGUGUAGGAGUUUCAAAUUUGACUAGUCAAGUAUCAUAUGGAUUAUCGGUUCUUGAAGACAGUAUUAGUACUCCCACUUCAGACCUUGAGCAAAAAAAAACAUUUGAUGAAAAAUCUAUUGAAAAUACAGAAGAGUCAAUGCAACUGAUGUCAUUCGGAUUAAGUGAUUUAAUAUCAGGGGUUUCUUCAAUAACAAAAUUAGUUGAAAAUACAGGAACUAAGGUAAUUAAUGGUGGUCUUUGUACUUUAGAAACAAUUGGGAAAAAAACAAUGGAAGUACUUCAGGAAGGUGAUCCUGGUUUAAAAAAAAAAAGAGCAUUUUUUAUGAAUGAAAAGGAUAAACCUAUUUUAUCUCACAUGUUGAGGGAAGCUAAAGAAAAAGCUGAAGCUGAACAAAAAACAUAUCAAGAGAAAGAACAAGCUCGAAAAGUUCAUUUUGAAACUUUAUUUGAUGAUUUUCAAGGUCUCGUUCAUCUUGAAGCACUGGAGAUGUUAUCUAAACAGAGUAAUAUGAAAAUUCAACAACGAUUGGUAACUCUAAAUACAGAUGAGGCUAAAUCUAUUCAAGAAACUUUGGAUGAAGUCAAAGAACUUUGUGAUCUUGGAGAUGAAAAUGACGAUGACGGAAGUAGUAAUGAUCACUUGAAAGAAAGAUUGAAAUCCCUUUGUGCAGAUCUUGGUGUUAUUAUUUCAUUUGAUAAAUUGUAUCAGCUUUGGGAAGAAAAAAAAACAUAUAUUACCAACAUAUCACAGUCCGAAUCAUCAGUGUCUGAUCGAGAAGUUUUUGAAAAUGCAAUUUCAUCGUUGGCACAAUUUACAGCAUAUUGCGUCGAAAGGUUUCAUAAAACUGCUGAACUUAUUCUUAUCAACGAUCGUCGAAGUACAGUCAAUGAAGCAGAUGCACUUGUACAAUUAACUAAAAUUUUAUCACUUCAAAUUGGAGUAAUUGCAAAUUUAUUCUGCAAAUGUCUUAAUGAACGUAUGCAAGGCUCCGAUAAAUCAAAUGAUUCUGUAGACAUAACGACAAUAUUUCUAGAGGCGACAAAUGCAAGCUCAUAUGUUCAAGAAGCAUUUCAACUUUUAAUUCCCAUUCUUCAAGUCGGCGCAAUUUGAUGAAAAUGAAUCUUUCAUUAUCGUUAAAUAUAGAAAAUCUUUAAAUAAUUUCACUAUAAAUAAAACAUUUUUUCUUAUUGAAUUUUACACUAACAAAG